AUGGCUUCUUCAGUCUCACUCUCGUUCUCUUCUUCCCUCCACCCUCAUCCCCUCAAAACCCCCACCACCCACAGAGCCCAAGACCCGAACUUCAACCCGACCCACUGCGCCUACGCACCUCCUUCCAAAACCAGGUCACCUUCUUCCUCCUGCUCCUCUUCUCAGACCAGAAAGAAGCACUGGAAGCAAGGCGAAUUCCCCGGUGUUUCAGAGUCUUCAGCUCCCAGAAGAACCCCUCUCAAGAAUAUCAAGAAGAAACUCGACCGGAAAGAAAAGGCCAAGGCUUGGGUCAACACCGUCACUGAAGAAUUCUCUACUUCCAUCGAGAAAAAGCAAUGGCUCCGAGCCCUUCAGGUGUUUGAAAUGCUGAAAGAGCAGCCGUUUUAUCAGCCAAAAGAAGGAACUUACAUGAGGCUGCUGCUGCUGCUGGGGCGAUCCGGCCAGCCGCAGCGUGCGCAGAGUCUUUUCGACGAGAUGGUUGAGGAAGGGUGUCAGCCGACUGCUGAACUGUACACGGCGUUGCUUACAGCUUACUGUCGGAGCAAUCUUAUUCACGAGGCGUUUGGUGUACUUAACCAGAUGAAAACGUUGGCGCAGUGCCAGCCGGAUGUUUUUACUUACAGUACGUUGAUAAAGGCGUGCAUUGAUAAUUUGCAGUUUGAAAUGGUGGAGUCGUUGUAUGAGGAAAUGGAUACACGGUCGAUUAGUCCAAACACAGUGACUCAAAAUGUGGUGCUGAGUGGAUAUGGUAAGGCUGGGAUGUAUGACCAGAUGGAGAGGGUGUUGUCGGGAAUGCUGGAGGGUGAGAGUUGCAAGCCGGAUGUUUGGACGAUGAAUGUUAUCCUUACUAUUUUUGGUAACAAGGGUCAGAUAGAGAUGAUGGAGAGAUGGUAUCAGAAAUUCCGUGAUUUUGGGAUUGAGCCAGAAACUCGCACUCUUAAUAUUCUGAUUGGUGCUUAUGGGAAGAAGAGAAUGUAUGAUAAAAUGUCAGCUGUGAUGGAGUACAUGCGAAAGCUUCACUUCCCCUGGACAACCGCAACUUACAACAAUGUUAUUGAGGCUUUUGCGGAUGUGGGAGAUGCAAAAAACAUGGAAUACACUUUUGAUCAGAUGCGUGCCGAGAACAUGAAAGCAGACACGAAAACAUUCUGCUGCCUUAUAAAUGGGUAUGCCAAUGCAGGUCUGUUCCAUAAGGUGAUUAGCAGUGUUCAGUUGGCUGGGAAGUUUGAGAUACCCGAAAAUACCACGUUUUAUAAUGCAGUCAUAUCUGCAUGUGCAAAGGCAGAUGAUUUGAUGGAAAUGGAGAGAGUUUUUAACCGGAUGAAAGAAAAGCAAAUCUCGCCAGAUUCCUCAACAUAUGCCGUCAUGGUCGAGGCAUAUAGAAAGGAAGGUAUGAACGACAAGAUCUACUAUUUGGAGCAGGAGAUUAGUGCUGGUGGUAUUCAAACCGAUUAGGCCUUGGGAGUUGAGUUGGCAUUGUUGUUCAAUCAAGAUCUUAGCAGGCACCAGUUUGCUUCAACAUUACCCUAAUCUUGUGUUUGCCAUCACGGUGCUUCUAUUACAGCAAUGGACUCUUUGUGACAUUCCUGGUUGUAAAGGACUGCAAGAGCUGUUACAUCUCUGUUCGGAGAAACUUCAGAGGACGUGACUGUAAAUACAGAACCUCUCUGCAAAUUUGAGGCGCUCUUUAAACUAGCAUGCAAAAUUGAAAUUGUAAGGAAAUUUGUAAGAAUGCUGACAGGGCAUGGCUUUUUUUUCGUGUUUUUCCCCGAGUGAAUUUGUUGUUUAUUAUUUCUAAUGAUCUCGUGUUGUUCUUGUACUUUUCAUGCAAAAACCCAUUUCGGUUUAUUUUGCC